AACGAUCCAAAACCUCUAAGCAAUGACCAGAGGUAUACGAGUCAGUGUUGAGUGCCUGAAAGAGUCAUAUCGUCUUUCAAACCAAACCCUCAUCUACCUAAAUCACUUCAACUUCACAUCUUAGAUUGACAGAUAAACUGUUCAUAGUUGAGUCUAAUUCUUUUUUUCUGCUUGGAGUUCGUCCUCUUUAAAAAUGAGUGAGACAAGGAACAAACUUAACCUUGAACUACAUGGGGGCUACUUAUAUUCUACGCAAGAAUCGUCUGAAAGCUUCGACCCAAGGCAAGUCAACUUUCUCUUGUCCUCCAUUAAUGCGUCAUCGAGCACGUUUGCGGACCUCUCCAGCAGUGGCUCUGACGACGAGCCAUUUGAAACCAUAGAAAUACCUUUACUUCCAAAGAAAAGACGAAGUCGAACCAACUUCGACACAUGGCAAGUUGAUGAACUUGAAAAUGUGUUCCAAACUACUCAGUAUCCAGACGUGUUUGCUAGAGAAGCUUUGGCCUUGAAGCUUGACUUGCUCGAGUCUCGAAUUCAGGUUUGGUUUCAAAAUAGAAGAGCAAGAAUGAGAAGAGAAGACAAAAUAAAGUCURCUCCUGGACGAAGGAAAAAAAGCGAAACAGAAAAGUCUAACAGGGCUUUUUUCUUCUCACACUUGAACCAAGCAAAGRAAACUAACUCUACAAAGAAAACGAAAAAUCAUUCUCUUACCUUAAACACCAGAAGAACUGAAUCUUCACGAAGUAAAUCUUUCAGCAUUGAAAGCAUCCUCGCUCGUAAAGAUCCUCCAAAACAACGACUACCAGCUGAUUUGGAAAACAAAAGUAUUGACGAAGCUGGUGACAAUGAUCAGGAUAAAGACGAAAAUGAAGUUGUAGGACCUUCUUUAAAAUCUUGGAGCACAGAGAACAAUGGAAAUAGAAAUCAAGCGAGGACGCCACCUUCUGAACAGAGAAUUCAUAACCUGGAUUCUGCACCGCCGAAUUUUACAAGUUCAAGUUUUUCACAGCCAAGAAAGGAAAUAACUUCCGAAAGAAUUAAUUCUCGUUUAACUUGUCCAAAUGAAAAACGAGAAUAUUCAGAAAUCAGGACAGAAAAAGAUCUUCUUCUCAAUCGUACAAACAUGGCCGAAGGAUUGCCAAAUUCCCGCCAAAAUGACAACACGCGCGCUAAUGAACGAAAUAAAAAGGCGGGAAAGUAUGUUUAUAAAAAUUCUUCAAACGAGAAUGAACAUUCGCCUGCUAGAAAUUACCCUAAACCUUUAAAUAACUUUAAAAGCAUAUCUGAACUUAUUGAAAAUAACUCGCUAAUCCGAGAAAAGGAUUCAUCAAAUGAACUCCGAAAAACCUCUACAGAACUUUAUGCUUGCUCGCCAAACGAUCUUGUGAUAGAAAAUUAUGACGUAAAUUGUUCUCGUGACGAAGUUGAAAAUCUUUUGGAGCGGACGUCGGGCGCCUGUCAGCCAGGAAUCUUCCAAUUCAAUCGAACAGGCACAAGUGCCUGUAGUGAUUUCGAAACGUUUCGUAGGUCUAGUAUUUUCACUUUAAGGAAUCGUGCUGAGAAACAUGUCAGACGGUUGAAUGUGUGUUCGCCGUGAUCAUAGUAUCAAUGCCUAAAAUAAUUAUCAUUUAGUUUAUUUUUCUACGUCAUUAUUUUCUUUCAGCAAUUGCCAAAAUAGGGCUACUUUUUAGGUUUCCUUUCUUCCUUUCGUCCCUUUGCUUCUUCUCUUUCUUUCUAGCGGCGUCUCAUCAGUUUUGUGAAAUAUUGGGUUGCCUGUGUGUUUUAGACCCAGGAUACCUAAGAUGAAAAGAUGUCAUGGGUUAGAUGUGCCUUAUCGCCCUUAUAUAAAGUCACAUAUUCUUCACAUUCUUUCUCUAGGGCGUUAGGCCCUGGCUAAACCAGGAAACAUGUUUAUCGCGCGCAUGUUUCCUCGAUGUUUCCCAGUUUAGCCACAUGCGAAACAUUGCUGCGUGCAACAAAUUUUGCUUCCAAGACGCAA